AUGGGGCGGAACGCAAAGCUGCACAAACGCAUCUCUAAUAAUGAAGUUGUGUCCUCUCAGAAAAAGAAGACACCCGCAUCAUCUACAUCACACCCUUCAUCCGGAUCACUCAGCACUGCUACUAGCAAUACAUCGAGUGCACAUACAAUAUCAUCGCACGUGCAAGCCGCAAGGAAACACGCCGAUCUUAAAUCAAAGUCGAAGUCAAAACCGUCAUCAAGCAAGGCCUCGGGAGAACAUGUUCUCGGAGGCGCGGAUUAUGUGACAUUACUUACGGGCGGCCGAAAGAAGGCUGCUGAAGAAGCUUUAAAGUUACCAAAAGACUGA